CUUUUGUUAGUUUAAGCCGGCAGCUUAUGAAGAAGGUGUUAGGUGCUGCUGACAGAGAUGCCUCACCAAGUGCUUGAGUGGCAGAAAACACACGUUGGAUUAUCUGUAUCAACAAGUGGCCCUUACUGGAACCACAUGGCAAUAGUUCACUGCUGCCUGUCACGAAAUGUUUGCAGAGCGGUUACCACUGAUUACUGAAGAACAUGCCAUUAUGUUGGAAGAAUAACAAGAAAAAGACAUUAUAAUUAUAAUUUCUUGCACAAUUUGAACAACCUCUCACCACAUAGACAAGUUUAUUUUGUCAGUGAGAAACAUUUUCUUUCUUGUCGUAUGUCCAACAUGGUGGUUUGUCUCAUUCUCAUGCAUAAUUGCUCUCCAAAUAUUCACUGGUUUUCCACUACAAAAUAUUCGUCCAAGACUUAGACAUCUUAUGAAAUAGAAAGCUAAUUAUUGUCUACUGCAUCCCUCAUUUCAAGGAUUGCAUUUUUUAUUUUAUUUUACAGAGCUGCAAUUUAAAUAAUUAAUAAGCUCAGGAUCACAAUGUAACUGAGGGAAUAUGAGAGGAGCAAACCGUGAUGAUACUCACUGUAAGCAUUUUACUGAAGUGAUGAUCCCCAUUCCACUAAGCCCAUAUCAUACGUAGAGAUUAUAGCUGCACCUCGAGAGGCUGCAUAAAGGUUAAGCCUAAAGUCAAUUGAGCCAUUCAACUUUCAUAACCUGCCAAAGCUGGUCAUAACUGCAGGAAGCUGAAGGGGAGAGUGAACUGAUGCACCUCUCUCCAUUGUCCCAUCAGCUUUUUUUGUCAUAUACAUGAAAAGAUCUACAUUGCGUGUCAUAGUAGUCUGAAGAAAGUGUAGGAUAAUUGUGGUGUAAAAUCUCAUCAUAUUUCAGAUGUUUGUACCUGCUUGUGCUUGCUCUUGUGGGUCAUAUUUGAAAGUGGUAUUCAGCGUGUGCCAGAUGGCCGUCAAACUUUUGUAACAGAAACAUCAACAUGUUUAACAUGGGUUUAGAGGCGAUGCUAUUGUGCUAAAAGAGGAUCUGGCACAGAGAGAUUAGCCAGAAUAGCAGCUCAUAGACCCAUCUUUAGAAAGUAGCUGAGACAACAUCAGUCUUGCUCACACAAAAAAAUGAGGAGACAAGGAUAUUUCUCUGCCAAGCCUCAUGUAGCCUUUCUCUGUCAGGUUAUAGGGCUAUUUAAAAGCAAUGUCAGAACUAUACUUUGACUCAACUCUUCCAAUAAUACAAAUGAACAGGCAUAUCUGGACAGGUGUCAAAUGUGCAUAUUUAAAUGUAUUUACCCCUCACACCUCAUUAAUGCCACCCAAACUGCAAAAGGUUUGAGUUGUGGCAUUCCGUGCUAAGCUGUAGGGUCACUGGAUUAAUCUGUAUGUAAUCCAUUGGGCAUGAUAGUAGGCCUUCCAAAAUAAAAUGAAAGCUUUUUUAAGCUACUUACCAACACCCAGUAGAUUAAAAGCAUACAAGAAUCAUGUUUAGAAUUUGUAGAAUGUGUGUAAAUAUGAUCGCUAUGUUGCUGGCAUUAGCCGCAGUUGUUUUCCCCUUUUUUUCUCAAUAAUGAACAGCAGCUUUCUCACUAACAAGGAACAGGCUUGUUUUAAUUAUCCUAUGGUUACUGAGUGACAGAGCUUGAGCCAGCCAAUGUGGCUGCCCAGCAAAAUUACAGCGCAGUCUAACCUAAGCCUUUUUCAGUUGCAUUAGAACCAAGGCUGGAUUUAGAACAGCCAAUCCUGGCUCAGGACAUCCACUUUAUUUUACAGUCUUUUGGCCCACCCUGGUGCCAACACAACAUAUCUAACUCACCAAGCUUGUCACUUGUCCUCUCCAGUAUUCUUUCAUUUUGAAGGCAGGCCAGGUUUUAGAGGAAGAAACGUCUGUUGGCAGUCUUUCACGGUGGACCCUGCAUGCUGGCCUUUCCCCCUGAGUUAGAGGUGUCUGAUGGAUUAGCACAGACACAUAGACACACACGGCAAGGCCUGUGCCCCGCCACCAACGCUGCAACCAGGUGUUAACCCACGUGACUGCAGAUAAAGCCGGCAGGCAUUAGUGCUAAUCCCGCCCUGAUCUUUGGAAUAUGUCCCUAUUACCUCUCCAAGCACUCUCUAGCUGUCCCCAGGCCUCCUGAUGCUCACUUAAGAGGGAAAAGACAAGACAAGGCCUCUCUAGGACUCCAUAAAGCACGUUGUUUCCUUGCAACAACACAAGUUUCAAUGCUCCUCCACAUUCUAAGAUGAAGUUAUGGAAAGGUGCUACUUUUGCCUUCAUGCUCUGUGGUGCAGCCCUGUCCACCAUCCUUGUUAGAAACAUGGCCACUGUCGGACAGUUCAAACUUAAGACAAAAUAUCCACACACACCUUCAUCCUCAUCAAGACCAUCUUCAUCAUUAGAAUCAACGUCCAGAACCUCAUCGUCAUCAUCAUCAUCAUCAUCAUCAUCCUCAGCAGAACCCAGAGUGUCACCCCAGCAGAUGGGUGGUCUUCAUCGGAGAAUCCGCUCAGCAGACGAAAUGAACUCCGUCCUCUCAGAGUUUUCUAUGAUGUUCCAGAGCUUCACAGAAGGCGAGCUUCAGCAUGUGAUCGGAACCUUGCUAGACAGGAAGAAAGGGAAGAGCCGACGCCUGGCUGAGAACCAGGCCCGAAGGACUAAAAGAGCCCGCAGACAAAAACCCUGCACUCUGAGGGAGCUGGAGCUGACAGUGAGUGAACUGGGUCUCGGUUAUGAGAGCGAUGAGACAGUACUGUUGCGUUACUGCAGUGGUAAAUGCACAGCCCACCGGCAUAACUAUGACAUCACAAUGGAGCACAUGAUGCGGACGGGCUUCAAGAAGAAGGGCCGCAAGGACAAAGUUAUCAAUGGGCCCUGCUGCCGACCGACUGCUUUCGAAAAGGACUUUUCCUUUCUGGACAACAACAGCCGCUAUCACACAAUACAGAAUGUGUCAGCAAAGAAUUGUGGGUGCGUAUGACCCAGAGAAAUGGACUUAUCACUUGUUUAUGCUGCUCUCAGCCCCUGUUGGAAGAGUCAAACGUGGAUGCUGUUGAAAGACAAACUAUGGAAUAUCAUCUCAAAGGGAGGAGAGGCUCUUCAUGGCUGCUCCACAGCAGCCUUUUUUGACAGAUUGAUACUUCGGCAUGUGUCACCUCAAGUUGGGACCAAAUCACAUGGAUAGCAAGUGUUGUGUUGAGAUGUUGGGUAAAAAGACAGAAAAUGACUGUUGAUACCAAAAAAUUUUUAUCUUUUCUAUCUGUGUAGUAACACUGUAAACUGUGGUGUAACAACAACGUAGAAACAUUAUGUUUGCAUAUUAUAUAUGAGUAGUAAUACAUGCUAUAGACUCAUGAUGAUGAGUCAUGGUGGACUAGAUCUUUGCUGUUACUGCGUGUCCCAUGGGUGUUAACUUCAGUAACUUCAAAUCUUGUAGUUUAAAGGGUUGUAAUGACCAAAGCCACUUUUCAGGGAGAAAUGUGCUGAAAAAUACAUUUUGAAGACGGUAAUAUAACACAAAUAACAUAAACGCAAUGUACCGAUGUUCACUUUAAGUUCUGCAUAGGACAGUUUGACCUAUUGACCUGACUAUAAUGUCUCGUGAUCAGCUGUCUGCAGAAAGUAUAUUGACUUAAAGGUGUGUUGAACUGUUGUUAUCACAGACCAUGACUUUGUGACCUAUUUCCCUGCUUGUAUGCAUUACUGUUACUGAUUGCAGUGUUAUUACACAGGUGAAAGAACAAGUGUUAUUGAUAUGGUUUUGACAAUGAAAGAAAAUAAUUUUCUAGAGCUCCAGGUUUGAUACCCAUCUUUAAUAAGUGUGUUUUGCAGUGUAUAUGUUGUGUAAAUUAAUGAUGAAGACCAACUUCAAAACCUAAAACUACACUCUCACUUUAGCAAUAGAAAACUACCAAAAUGUCCCCCAUCUGCUCUGCAUAGAAUAGCUCUCUUUUUUUCUACUUUCCCCAAAUAACCCUGUGUAUAACGUGUAAUUACCCAUAAUCCUCUGGAAUUAUUUAUCCUCAAUAAUUGCCAAAACACACCAAGUCAAACCAAUACACAAGAUGAAUUCACAAAGUCACAUUCAUAAACAUCUCACAUCUCGAGUUCUAGGUGAUAUAACCUGUUUAAUUCUUGUCUCUGGAUGUAAUUUGUUGAAGUUUACACUUACACAGGUUUUUAGCUAAUCUGAGACUCAAUUGUAAAAGAGAAGAAUGAUUUAAAUGAAAAGUAGUGGCAAGUGUUUUUGUGUCUAUUUUUUUCCCAGUGACAUAAAACUGAAGCAGAUGUUGGGAUUUGAAGUUGUGUUGCACCUAUCCAUAAAACCAUGUAACAUUUUCUAAUCUAACACCCACAGUACAGCCUUUUACUAGCCCUACAAAUGCCUCCUUGUUGUAUUGCCUAGUAGACUUUUAGAAGAAAAUAAGCUGUAGAAAUGAAUCACAAAGCAUCUUCUUCACCUUCAACGAUCUUUAUUUGGUCUGAAUCCAUUUGCAGCUGCCUGAAGUACAACAAAUUACGUUUUUGUUGUUGUUUUUUUUCCUGAGGUGGUGAAUGUGGGAUGCAGAUGCGGUGCAUCUUUAUUGUAGAUUAUAUUGUAUUUAUUUGGGAAAUAAAUUAUGUUUUUUGCAUAUUUAUUUAGAUUACUACACAGAAACAGGACGGCUUAUUAUCAUUAAGCAACUGUGCCAAAAAAUGUUUUAUCUAACAUCUUAUAUUGACUGCUGAAUAAACAUAAUUUCAGAGGUAUGGGUGUUCAUCAUUUAUCCCAAGCCAUGUGGGGGUUUCAGAUAUUCUGUAUUCAGAUUGUAUUCAAAAUAAAUAAAACAAUAAACUCUAA